CGGCUGCUGGCGCCUGCGCACCUUCCCCCCAUCCUCGGCGGGGCGGCCAUCCCGCCUCACAGCCCUGCCCGGGCCUGCCCAGGCCUGCUCGGCCGGAGCCGCCCCGCCCGGCCGUCCCGCCAUCCCUCCAUCCCUGCUCCCCGCCGUCGCACUCGCAGCUCCCCUUCUUCCAGCGGUUGCUGCCAAAGUCCUUCUGUUUGGAUUCUGAACUAUGACAUCAUGGCAAGAUUUCGCAGAAGAACAUGCAUCAUUUUGUUGCUUUUUAUUUUAUUUAUUUGCUCCAUAAUGAUGGCUUUGAAGACUCUGAGACCUGACAGAGCUGGAUUUGGAGAUCCAUUUGGACUUGGCUUGUUACCUGAACUUCAACAGCGGACAGUGAUCUUAGAAAAUAAACAGAAUUCACUAAAUAGGGUGCAAGGAGAUACUGUAACACGUGUCAAUAAUUUGCAUAGUAUCACAGUCAAUACUAUGAAAGCAUCUAUGCCUUCUGUAAACAAACUGGACGAAGAGCUUUCUUCUCCUAAUUAUAACUUUCACAUAUUCUACUAUAGUUGGUUUGGUAAUCCACAGUUCGAUGGCAAAUAUAUUCACUGGAAUCAUCCAUUGCUGCCACAUUGGGAUCCCAAAAUUGCAAAUAAUUAUCCAAAGGGAAGGCAUAAUCCUCCUGAGGACAUUGGGGCCAACUUUUAUCCUGAACUUGGAUCUUACAGUUCCAAAGACCCGUCUGUCAUAGAAGCCCACAUGAAACAAAUGCUCUCUGCCUCAACUGGUGUAAUAGUGCUUUCAUGGUACCCACCAGGUAUGGCUGAUGAAAAUGGAGAACCUACUGAUGAUUUGGUGCCUGUUAUUUUGGAUUAUGCACACAAAUACAAUCUAAAGGUCACUUUUCACAUUGAACCUUACAAAGACCGAGAUGAUCGCAGUAUGUACCACAAUGUCAAAUACAUCAUUGACAAAUAUGGAGGCCAUCCAGCCUUUUACAGGCAUAAGACCAGCACAGGCAAAUUGCUUCCCCUGUUUUAUGUUUAUGAUUCUUACGUAACGCUUCCUGAAAUAUGGGCAAAUCUGCUAACAGCGUCUGGAUCACAGAGUAUUCGCAACACUCCAUAUGAUGCAUUAUUCAUUGCACUUCUGGUAGAAGAAAGACAUAAACAUGACAUCCAUAGAAGUGGCUUUGAUGGAAUGUACACGUACUUUGCCACCAAUGGCUUCUCCUAUGGCUCAUCCCAUCAUAACUGGGCGAGUUUAAAAGCCUUUUGUGACAGUAACAACUUAAUGUUUAUUCCAAGUGUGGGGCCAGGGUACAUUGAUACCAGCAUCCGACCAUGGAACAACCAUAACACUCGGAAUCGUGUCAAUGGGAAGUACUAUGAGACUGCCUUCAGCGCAGCCCUUCUGGUGCGUCCGGAAAUUAUUUCGAUCACAUCCUUCAAUGAGUGGCACGAAGGAACACAGAUUGAAAAAGCUGUCCCCAAACGGACUGGACAGAUGGUUUACCUUGACUAUAAGCCCCAUAAACCAAAUGUUUACUUAGAGCUUACUCAGAAGUGGUCUGAGAAGUACAGAAAAGAACAAGAACAGUGGCUUAUGUGAGCUGUUGCUGCUGCAGUUGCGUCCUGAGGCAUUGACUACCUUGAGAAAGAAAUUGAGAGCUGAAAAAUCUGUUGUUCAUCUGUCUAUAUUGUAAAUAUGUUUAAAUUAUUACAUUUCUUGAAUGUAUAUGUGCUACUACUGAAUUUUAAUUUUGAAGUGUAAAAAGAUGUUGAAAAUAUAGGCAUUUCUUCCUUAUUGGCUACUGUAGAGCAAAAAUAUCCAGGGAAAAUGUUAGGGUCUUGUUUGGGUUUGUCUUUUUUUUUUAAAAUUUGUAACUUGCAUGUUGAGCUUCGGGAACCUCUGCAUGGAAAAACUUUAGAUGACCAAAGUAACAAAAUCUGGCAUAGUUAUACUUCAUUUCUUCUUGUAUUUAUGUUUCUAAUGAAAGUGAUACUGUAAUUUAAAUUUUGAUCCUGAUUGCUUCUUGCAGGAUGCAUGUCUGCAAUGUGUGGAAUAAUCUGCAUUUACUGUUCUUAAUUCUUUGCACACAGGGAGCUCUUGACAUAUGGUUUUCUUGUAAAAAUACCAAGAAGUUAUGUGAUGCAGCACUAUUGUGUUCUGUUAACAGAUAAGAAAAAGGUGUUUUAAAAAUUGAGUUUCAAAGAAGAGCUGGAAGUUUCUAGCUUAAUUCCAUUCUGUUGGGUAUAUGGUGCAGACUUUUGUGGAUUAAUGGAUACUGACCAGUAACAGUUUUAUGUUAUUUUGAUUUCUUAAAAAUUGUUUGAAAUGAAGAGCUGGGGAAAAAAUAUUCAGAAAAUAUACUAAAACUUACAUUGUUAUAUAUUGUUUGCUAAUUAGCUGCAGACACAGAUCUGGUGUGUUUUUUAAGACGUGAAAAAAUUCUAAAGCUAAUAUCUUAUGAGUCCCACAAUAAAUACAAUUUUGGGAAAUGCAUUUUUGUUUCUGAUUUAGGAGCAGUCUAGCUUGCUAGCAGUUCCAGAAAGUACUCAGUUUAAUUUGAAAUAUGAAUUUUUCAUUUAGGCGUUCCAGGAUACAGAAUAAUAGAUAACUAAAACCUUGUUAUCAUUCAGAUAAGCUCUGUGCCGCCGCUACAUUUAAUAUUGUUGUGUGGCUAGAAAUGAUUACUUUCAGACCUAAGAAUUUUGUGUCAUGAUUAUUAACUGUUUUUUCUUAAUGAAGCUUGAAAGGAUCAAGAUACAUGGACGUGUCUCCUCAUCAGUCAUGUUUUUGCCAUAUUCAUACAAUUUCAUAGCAAAGAUCUAAACUGUGGAACAGUAAAGAUUUCACUGUUUCAUUUAUUGGAAGCAUUUCAUCUGUAGCAAAGUAGCUUUAUAGGUACAUAUACACAAGGUGCUGAUCUUGUGUUCUAGUUCAUAUGCUGGAACUUUUGUGGCCACAAAAAUGACAUUGAUUUCAUCAGGAACCAUGGGAAUUACAGUCUUUACUUGGUUCUUACAGUAAUCUGUCCAUGAAAUUGUAAAGUGAAUUUGUGGAUUUUUUUGGUUGAAAAAGAAAACAAACCCAAACAAUAUGCUUUUUUUUUUUCCUGAAACCUUUGCCAUUCCAAAUAAACAAAAACCGGUUACUAGUAGUAUUUUCUAGUAUGAAAGAGUUUUGUUUAUGUAUCUUUCACUUAUUUGCAGUUUUAUUCUCAUCUUUUCACUGCAGUUGUAAAAGAGAUGAAGUGUCAUAGAAUGCCCUCAACUGCUUGAAAAAAAAUGCAGACUUUGCAUGACAGAUACAUAAGCUGUUGAUGAUAAGAUGUUGAAGGGUGUCUCUAGAGUUAUUUGAGUCUUUUUAAUAUCUCUUCAUCACUUUUUGUGGUUUCCUACUAAAUUUCUGGGAAAAAAAAAGUUUACUAAUGCUUAUUUUGUUUUACAAAUGCUCAGGUGGAUAAACUAAAGUAGAAAUAGGCAUGACCACAGUCACACCAUAUUACAUGAAACACUUGCUAUAUUUUACCACUUCCAAAUUAACCACUGUCUUCCUUUAUUAAGGAAACGGAUUUAUACAUUUUUACUAUAAAUCCAUUUAAUAAAUAUAUGUAAUUUCUUUUUAUAAUUGUUAUAUUUUUAUGCUUUUACAGCCCCCAAAGCUCCUAUAUUUAUUUCAAAUGUGAGGGAAUUAUUAAUUUUUUCAUAUAAAUAUUUUAUAUAUUAUUUAAAAUCUUCUGACACCAGACCUUUUGAAAAGACAAGUCUCUGAUUUUGCUCUGCUUAAACUUUUGUCAUCCACUGGUCUUUUCUCACUAUAGUUGUCUGAGCACUUUACUAGGCAUGACAACCUUGCACUCAGCUUUCAGCUCCCUACUUUCUCCCUGUGGCAGAUUUUUUUCUCUAUGACUAUAGAAGUUGCUCCUUUUGUUACUGUGUAUAGAAACAUUUGAAAUUUUUAUUGUAUUGUACAACUGAGGUGAGGUAUCUUGUUUAAAAUAUAACAGUUUUAUGCUAACAGUGUAAUAGAUCUUCAUUACUCUGAAACACUUCUGUAGUUGUUGUAAAGGUAUCAUUUAGCCCUUGCCAUGAAGUGGUAAGAACCAUAGCACACUGAUGUCUAAUGGGGUUUUCAGAAGAAUUUACAGAAUUUUUGCAUAAAACAAUAGAAGUUAAAUGUCUAGACAUUCUUUGCCCCUGAGCACUUAGUAUUUUUAUGUGCUUGUUGUGUUUUAAAAUAUAAACAUGCAGCCAAUAAUGUUUUUUUAGAGUUUAUAGUUUAAUUUGAUGAUCCUAAGAAGAGCUGAUGGAAUAGCAGCUACUAGAAUUACCCUACCUGCCUGGCCAAUAUUUCUGUGUACUUAGAGCAAGUAUUAGUCUACUUCUUGUUAAAGGGGAUGGAGAGUCUUGCUGAUGGACUGCUGCUGCAGUUUUUGGAAAUUUGAGUAAAAACAGGUCUGUGGGAGGGGAGUUACACAAAUGCAAUGGAAGAAGAUUAUUUCAAGCACACAUUUUUUUGGGUUGAGGGUGGUAAAGCUGAAUGUAUUUAGAAGGUGUUUGCUCCAAGCUUUGCUGUUACAGUGGGAAAAAAAGAAAAGAAAAAGCCAAUGACUCCAAUGUUCAACCAAAACUGGUUGGAACCAGUUCCUUCCAAAACUCCUUCCAAAACUGUAAGGAGCAGUAUUUGUAAUGAAUUUCAGAUACGAAAUGUUGUUUAAGGAAUACCUAGAUCUUAUUUCCUUUUGGCUUGUCACUCCUAUUAUUUCUUGGCUAAUUGAAAAAUAAAAAUAAAAAAAAGUAAUGAUUACUUCUAUUAUUUUUACACUGCAUUUGAAUCAUCUUGCUAUAGUAUGUUGUAGUGCUUAGAGUGAUAUAUUACAUUUAUACUGAUUAGGCAAGAAAUACUUUGGGGAGUUCUAAUAGUGAUCAUGCCAUACUAUUCCUUUGCAAAUACAGAAAUACCUGAAGUUACCAAUCACAUACUACUGCUUUGAGUAUUCCCAGAGGUGAAAUGGUAUCUGAAACAAGUGGCAAGCCUUUGUGGUAAAAGACAACUUCUUUUUUUAAAAACAAUCUGUAGGUUAAUACCUGUGAUGAAGUAAAUUGUUUUAGUUCUGUGAGCUGUCUCAGAACUGAAGCUUAACACAUUUCUGAAGUAAGAAUUUGAAAUUUUACAAUAGUGUAUGAUUUUCAGAUCUAUAAACCUUGUACUAAAUUUUAAAGGAAGGAUGAUGUGCAUAUGGUGUUACUGUUUCAGUGGCAAACUGUAGAUUAUUGUGAAUAUAGUUUCUGUGCUGAUGUUCACUGUGUUUGUCUAGUGCCUUUCUUCUGGUGUGCCACUGAUUUGCUAAGAGGCUGUUGAAGUAGAAGGAUCUUUAAUGAACUCAGAACUGUUAUUUUGCUACUUUAGAUAAAAUUUGAUAAGUAUACACUCUGCAUAGUUUGAAUUAACAUUUUACACGUGGCUCUUGGGUUCUCUUGAAAACAUUUCACAUGAUUGUUUUCAGCACUCUUACUAGUAGGAGAAAGUAUCUCUGGGCACAUGGACAAGGAUGUACUGUAAUUUUUUGUGAAUCUUGUGUACCUUAAAAGAUGAAGUAUUUACAGGCAAAUUAUUUAUCACUUAAAGUGAAAUUCUCUUUUCUAGUCUUAAGGUAUUUUGCAAGUAUUGUCCCUCAUCUUUCCACUAUAUUGGUAGUGUCAAUAUUUCAUUCCUUGUUUUAUACUUUACUUUUGACCAGCAUGUUAAAUGUUGCAUAAACUUCCAAAGUGAUUUGUAUUUAAUUUCUAAGACUAAAUAGUUGUAAAAUUCAGUAAAGAGAGUCUACAAGACUAUAGGCACUGCAGAAAAACCUGAUAUGAUUUUUUUUUAUUGUAUAGCUAUGAAUUUUUUGUGAAUGGAUAGUGUAUCUUUGCUAUAUAUUUAACAUUAACAAAAAAUGUUAAAUUUAAUACUGUACCCGGCUGUGGCAAAGAUGCCUUUGCUUACAUGCAUUAAAGAAAAAUGUGUGUGUGUGUGUCUAUUUAUAAAUAUUAUAUAUGUGCAGACAUCUGAAGUAAUUAUUUUUAAGUACUAUAUCAUUGUAUUAAAACUACAGGCUGGAUUCUGCUACUUUUAAGUAAGAAAUAUUUCAAAUCCCUAUGAUGUUUACAAUAUACCUAGUUGCUUAUGUAUGGAUAUUUCAUGAAUAAUAAAUAUAUGCCCUUCGAAGUUUGAUUUAAAA